ACGCCGCCCGCCGCACGCCGCGGGCGCUGCCGCCGCCGCCCCUCUCGCCCUGCCUCCGCGGCAUGCCCACGCCGGCAGCCGGCGCCGCUCCUCUGUGGCCGCGAGGGAAAACGGCUGUAGCAUCCUCCCGCGGGCGCCUUUCUGUGGCCGAAGCCGCCGGUGCGGGUCGCGAACGGGAAGGCGUCUCUCGCGGGUGGGUGUCGGAGCGGAGCGAGGCCUGCCAGGCCCUGCCCCGGGCCCCACCGCUCGCCCGCCUGGCCCGAGGGGGCAUGCGGGCUUAGCCCAGGCCGGGAGCCAGCACUGCCUGCCGCAGCCGCCGCCCCCACGCCCCAGUCUCGUUGGUCGCUGCGGGCCUGGCGUCAGGUGGCUCCAAAAUGUUCAGCUGGCUGGGCACGGAUGACCGCCGGAGGAAAGAUCCCGAGGUGUUUCAGACGGUCAGCGAGGGCCUGAAAAAGCUCUACAAAACCAAGCUGCUGCCCCUGGAAGAGCACUACAAGUUCCACGAGUUCCACUCGCCGGCCUUGGAGGAUGCCGACUUCGACAACAAGCCCAUGGUGCUCCUUGUGGGGCAGUACUCCACUGGCAAGACCACCUUCAUCAGAUACCUGCUGGAGCAAGAUUUCCCAGGGAUGAGGAUUGGACCAGAGCCUACAACUGACUCCUUUAUAGCAGUUAUGCAAGGAGAUGUGGAAGGAAUCAUUCCUGGAAAUGCACUGGUGGUGGAUCCCAAAAAACCCUUCAGGAAACUCAACGCCUUUGGCAAUGCCUUUUUGAACAGGUUUGUUUGUGCCCAACUACCUAACCCCGUGUUAGAGAGCAUCAGUGUCAUUGAUACACCAGGAAUCCUUUCUGGAGAAAAACAGAGAAUUAGCAGAGGUUAUGACUUUGCUGCUGUCCUGGAGUGGUUUGCAGAGCGGGUUGACCGCAUCAUUCUCCUUUUUGAUGCACACAAGCUGGACAUCUCUGAUGAGUUCUCUGAGGUCAUCAAAGCCCUAAAGAACCAUGAGGACAAGAUGAGAGUUGUUCUCAACAAGGCUGACCAGAUAGAGACUCAACAGCUGAUGCGGGUGUACGGGGCCCUCAUGUGGUCCCUGGGAAAGAUUGUCAACACCCCCGAGGUCAUCAGGGUCUACAUUGGCUCCUUUUGGUCCCAUCAGUUGCUCAUCCCUGACAACCGCAAGCUGUUUGAGGCAGAGGAGCAGGACCUGUUCAGGGACAUCCAGAGCCUGCCCCGCAACGCGGCCCUGAGGAAGCUGAAUGACCUCAUCAAGCGAGCACGGCUGGCCAAGGUCCAUGCCUACAUCAUCAGUUCCCUAAAGAAGGAGAUGCCCUCAAUGUUUGGGAAAGACAAUAAAAAGAAAGAGCUUGUUAACAACUUGGGAGAGAUUUAUGCCCGGAUUGAACGAGAGCAUCAGAUCUCACCAGGAGACUUCCCUAAUCUAAGAAAGAUGCAGGAUCAGCUGCAAGCCCAGGAUUUUAGCAAGUUCCAGCCUCUGAAGAGCAAGCUGCUGGAGACUGUGGAAGACAUGCUGGCCAAUGACAUCGCCCAGCUCAUGGUGCUGGUGCGCCAGGAAGAGUCCCAGCGGCCAACCCAGAUGGUGAAGGGAGGAGCCUUCGAGGGCACCUUGCACGGUCCGUUUGGCCAUGGCUAUGGCGAAGGCGCUGGUGAAGGGAUCGAUGAUGCCCAGUGGGUGGUGGCCAGGGACAAGCCCAUGUAUGAUGAAAUCUUCUACACACUCUCACCUGUUGAUGGUAAAAUAACUGGUGCCAAUGCAAAGAAGGAGAUGGUAAGGUCUAAACUGCCCAACACAGUGCUGGGCAAGAUAUGGAAACUGGCUGACAUCGACAAAGAUGGCAUGCUGGAUGAUGAGGAGUUUGCCUUGGCGAAUCAUCUCAUUAAAGUCAAGCUGGAGGGUCAUGAGCUGCCAAAUGAGCUCCCUUCCCAUCUCCUCCCUCCAUCCAAGAGGAAAAUAACAGAGUGAAAGGAAGGUUACAGGGGAGAGGGAAAGGGAAGGGGGGCGAAAGAUCUAGAAAAACAUGUUUACUUAAAUUAUACCUUUAGAUGUGAGAUCACCUUUGGAUUUUUACCUAUUUUGCUGUAUGAAGAAAAAAAAAAACACACCUGAAGCAGAACAAAAAGUCCAACCCCUUCUUCAUGAUAAUAUGCAAUUAACUCUUCCAGUGUAAUGCCCUGCUUUCUAAUGUGUAGUGAAGGUAAAGAACAGAUGUUGAGACUAGGAGAAGCUGAUGAGUGGGAGUAGAAGCAAAAGCAAAAUGGGUUUCAUUUCUUGAGAGAGUGGAGUAGGCACCAAUAGAAAUCUGCUAACUGCCAGUAUCACUCCUGAGCUUUGGCUGCACCUUCUGCUCUAUAUACUGGGUCUCUCAAACUUCAGAAGACUUGAGAUGUUGAUAGUGAAGAGGAAACAACAAGGUCUACAAGCUGUUGGCCAACCUAAAGACUACUUCCUAGUUCACUUAAGCCCACACUAAAAUACUCAAGAUACUAAAGCCCAGAGUUCUGAAUUUUGGGAACCUCAGUUCACUGCUAGAUGCUAAUUUUACAAGCAUUUCCUUGUUCUUAAAGAAAAUAAAAUCCUGAGAGAGCUUUGGACUGGGCAGGUGGAUUUCCUCACUGUUUGCUGUGGGGCAAGCACUAAGAAUUCCCAAUCGCCUCUACCUCCCAUUCAGUCCCUAGGGAGAUUUGUUCUGCAGGCAUAGCUAGGACAAUCAACCCCUUGAUGGGAAACAGAAAGAAGGGAGCACUAGAGGCAGGCAUCAGGUGGGUUGGAAGUAAGGAAUGCUGCUUCCAAGCUCACUGAAGCUUUCACAGCCAGUGGAUAGUGUUUUGUCCCUUAGUAGUGGUGAUAUUUAACCAUUCCUGUCAAGUGGUAUGUUUGCUCUCACCAUGCACAGUGAAGGCUACUAGAUCCCACUCUGACUGUAGAGAAGAACUCUGCAGUGCCAGGGAGAUGCUCCACCAUAAGAGCUGGGAACACAGUGUGGCAGUGGGCAGAGCUUGUUCUACUGCCUCCACCCCAACAAACAUAACUGAAAUGUUGACAGCCUUCACCUCACUCUUGCCCUCACCACACAGUAACACUUGAUCUCAAGAACCUCUACCCCAGGCCAUAAGACCUUCUCCCUCCUCUCUCACACUCUGUGAAAUGUUUGUUUUCAAGACCCAGUUUUGGCAGAAAUCCUUCAAUUUCAUACUAUGUUGCCCAGACACAGACACACACAGAGGCACUCUGGUUUUUGUUGCUUUGGAGCAGCGUGUUGUUCAAUUUCCUUUUGUCACUUUAUAUAAGCUGAGCUCCUACUGUGAUGAAAAAACCAAGACAAGUAUAAGUUAUUUUAUAACUCUGUGUUCAUAAUUAUAUAGAGAAACAUAUUCUGUGUAUGUAGGAUGUGCUUAUUGCAGUACAUUUAUCACUUGUCUUCAAAAUUAAUGCAUUAACCUUUUUUGUACCCUGGUCCUGAAACAUUAUUAAAAAAGAAAGGCCACA